UUGGUCAAGGGCUAGCCUGUCUGAACGCAAACCAGAUCCGUUGAGCAACAAGAACGACGACAGCUGAACUCAACAGAGUAGAAAGACGGCGGUCCCACACAGACUUGCACAGUUCAGUCAUUCAUUUGAAGGGUGCCUUCGGACAAAACCGUUUGCUGUUCACGCUCAGCGUCGAAAAACUUAGAGAACUCGGUGGUCCAAUCCACUCUCUCAUACUGUCUCAGUGGCUGCUUGAUAGGGAGGGUGUGAUGAGGACUGGCUGGCCCCUCCUUGCUGCAGGGCUGUACUCAGUGCUGUCCCAGGUAGUUCUGGUCCGAGGCUGUAUGGACUCCUGUAAGGAAUGCUCAGGGCCUCAGAAUGACCUGUGUCUGGAGUGCAGAACAGGCUGGACCCUCCAUGACAACACAUGUGUAGACAUAGAUGAGUGUGGCACAGAGCUGGGCCAGUGUCCCCCCAACACCUACUGCUUCAACACAGAGGGCAACUAUCAGUGCAAAGGCUGUGACCAGGCCUGUGUAGGCUGUAUGGGUGCUGGGCCAGCUCGCUGCAGGAAGUGUGCUGCAGGCUACAGACUAACCGGAGCAAAGUGUUUAGAUAUAGAUGAAUGCAGUGAGCGGGUUCUGGCAUGUUCAGGGCUGGAUGAGAUCUGUACCAAUUUGGAUGGUUCUUUCCACUGUGACUGUGCUGAAGGCUUCACACAUAAAAACAACAUCUGUGUGCAGAAAAAGCUACCCAGUGGUGUGGGUGAGAAGGGUCUGUUUGAGGACGUCCAGGAUGAAGAGGUUGAGGUUCUACAGCAGAUGUUCUUUGGGGUGCUGCUCUGUGCUCUGGCCACCCUGGCUGCUAAAGGAGACAUGGUCUUCACCUCCAUCUUCAUGGGUGGAGUGGCGGCCAUGGCUGGAUACUGGCUCAUAGACAGGGGAGACCACGUACUGGACAGCUUUCUGAAGGGACGCUAGAACUACACUGCUAUCAAGGACUUAUUACUAUAACCUGUUGGUAUGCACAGUGAUUUAGCAAACUGUCAACAAAAGUCUUCAUUACUCUGGUCCACCCUCCUGCUUCUCUUCGGAACUCCUUCAAGACUGUUGGAAAAGCAUUCCUCGUGAAGCUGGUCGAGAGAAUGCCAAGAGUGUGCAAAGCUGUCAUCAAGGCAAAGUGUGGCUACUUUGAAGAAUCUCAAAUAUAAAAUAUACUUUGAUUUGUUUAACACUUUUUUGGUUGCUACAUGAUUCCAUAUGUGUUAUUUCAUAGUUUUGAUGUCUUCAAUAUUAUUUUACAAUGUAGAAAAUAGUAAAAAUAAAGAAAAAACCUGGAAUGAG